GAAAACCGAUCGAUUUCAGCGGCGCUAUACAAUCUUUGCUGCGGGAUGAUUGACGAGAAGUAUCCUAGGUGGAUGUCUACUUUAGCUUUUAGCCUGAUACUUCCUUAAAAAGUCAUUACCAUAAUUAUUUUUUUAAAACAGAGGUGGUUAUAAUAGUAGCUGGUGGUAAAUUUGUUUUCUCAUUCAGACCCUUAAAUGUAGCUACAAAUAGAAAAGAGGUCCUCAAUGUUAAUGGUCACAAAAAUGUGGAAAAGAAUGGAGGCCUUAAUGGCAGUGUUCACAACAGAAAACACUUCUCCUUGUCCAACAAAUUGUUCAGGUCAUGGACAUUGUACAAAUGGGGCCUGUGUUUGCAUGGUUCAGUACAAAGGAGGUGAAUGUGAGAAUGUGAACAAUGGUUAUUUCAUUUCCUUUGGUUUUAUAUUCUUUGUUCUUUGUUUGAUAUCAACAAUUCAGUUGAUCUUGUGCAUAAAAGCAGAAUAUGAACGCUCAAAGACCAGAUCGCUUGCAAGUGCUUGUCGCAUUACAACACAGAAGUUAUUGUAUCUCAUUGUAAUGAUUGCAACUUUGAGUCGUGGUCUUUAUUUCAGCUUACAGGCUUUUCACAUACAAGACAAGGAAUUCAACAAACCAAGUUUCCUGAGUCGUUCAUUCGUAGCAUUCAUAUUAUUUAAUAUAAUGUUAGCAAUACUACUGGUAGCUCAGCUGCUUACCACACAUCUUAAGGAGGACCCACAAUACUUAAGUGACGUCUUUAAUGGAUGCUUUGCAUGCUUAAUGGUUAUCGUUAUGAUUUUCUUCCUGUUUUACGGAGUGGAGGUAUAUUUCAAGGUAAAAGGUGCCUUUAACAAUGCAAGUUUGUCACUGGACCCUCGGACACUACACAUGUCCAGGAUAGGGCUGGUAUUCCAGGGAGCAUUGCAAUUACUCACUGCUGCUUUCCUCAUGAUGAGUGUUGCAGACACCAAAGUAUUGAACGAGAUAAAAUUGAGGAAUUUCUAUGAUGUAUUAUUCCGAGUGGUGGAGCUUGGUGUUGCAAUGUGGUUUCCAUGUGUCUUGUGGAAUUGUAAAAGCCCUGAAAAAUUAUGGAUAUUAAAUCCUACAAGAAUAUUAAGGAAAGCUGAAGAUGAAGAAAAUGUGAAUAAAGACACGGAGAAGACAUCAUUAUUGAGAUGUCGAAAGAAGAAGUAUGAUUCAACUGAAGCCAGGGUAACAUGUACAGGUUUAGAUUGUUGGAUAUGUUAUGAUGCAGAAAGUACUACCAGCGGUCCUUUAAUACAGCCAUGCAACUGUAAAGGGGAUGUUGCAUAUGUGCAUCAUGAAUGCUUAAGGAGGUGGUUAGUUGAGACUAUGGAAAAUGAAGAUUCAAAGAAGUGCAAAGUGUGUAAAGAAGAGUACAUUCUAAAAGAUGGUAAAGUGCACUUUCUACAAGGUUUCCAGAGGAAGCAUGCAAUCUUGUCAAGUUUGACGGUGUUACUGAUGAUGCUGUGUCCCAUAUGUCUUGUGCUUAUUUUCCGCCAGUACCCAUCCUCCCCUUUGAAUGUUGUCAGUAUUGGCACAUGCAUUCUUAUUGAAAUGUCAUGUCUGAGGUAUCUGGGUUUCAGUUUCACAACAGCCUACAACAGAGCUAAAGUUGCAUCAUUGAGUAUUAUUGGUAAGCCAGUGCCAAUCUCACAUCAGGCAUACCAGACAGAUGGUAGUGUGUCAGACAGCGCCGUACAUCCUGAGAUAAAAGCAGGUCCCGGGCCUGAUAUUUCUGCAUGUCCAGAUGUAGAAGUUGACCCAAAGAUCGUACCUAGAAGCAGAACUAUAAGCGAGACAGUAACGAGUGAAGAAUCUGAUAUUGCAGCAUGUCCAGAUGUAGCUGUAGGCCCAGAGAUUGUACCUAGGAGCCGGACUUUUAGUGAGGUGACAGUACAUGCUGAAAGCAUCUAGUUAGUUCCAAUAGUGUACAUUAUAUUUUCGUGUAGAAAAACUUUUCUCUUUUGAAUUGAAUAUUUAUUACCUUAAAAAAAGUUGAAAUUAUCUUUGAUUACAUACAUAAGCAAGAACACUAGUGCAUAGUACAGCAAAUCCAAAAAUACAAGAACUCUAUCUAAUGUCUUUAUUCUAUAUACUCUACUCUAC